AUGACCACCAUCUUCACGCAAAUACAAAAGGAUCAAAAGGAAUUCUACUCCAUCCAAGCCGUCCAAGCUCCACCUCCAGUUGCUCAACUUGAAAGCCCUCCUAGGAUUUGUGGUUUGUGCUCUAGCACUACACAUUACACUGAUCAAUGCCAUCAAAUUCAAGAGGAACAUGCCCUUGUAGUGGCCAAUGUGAAUUACAACAAUCGUCCACCCUAUCCUUCUCAAGGCCAAAACCACUACUCUCAUGGUAGUAAUCAACAUCAAGGGUGGAGGGAUAAUGCACAAGGGAGCAAUCAAAUCCAAAGAUGGAACAACUCUCCUUCUCAUCACAACAACAACCAAUCUUCAUCUCAAUACCACCACAACAACAACAACUACCAAGCCAACCAAAACCACCACAACCAAAACCAAAACAACUACACCAAGUACCAAGCACCACACCAUAGACAACAAUCUAACCAAACCUCUCCACCUUCCACCAAUCAAGUUGACGAGCUUAGAGCUGUUGUGGAUAAACGGGAUGAGGGCUAUAUGGCUCAAUUCAAGGCCAUGAGUGCUCAAUUGGCCAAUCUUACCGACAUGAUUUCGAAGAUGUCCAUGUCCUCCUCCAACAAUACCAACCAACCCUCAAGUUCUUCUAACCUUCCAUCCCAACCCCAACCAAACCCAAAAGGCGGUCUCAACGCCAUCACCCUACGGUCGGGAACUACAUUGGAGGAGAUACCUCCAAGGGUCUUGGAGGACAUUCAUGAGGAAGAAGUGAUUGUUGAAGCUCCACAUGAAAAGGGGGAGGUAGACAAGAGGCAUAAGGAAGAAGAAGUAAACCUCAAGGAACCCAAGAGGAAAGCUCUAGUGGAUGAGUCCAUCCCUAUUCCAUUCCCUUCCAUGGUGAAGAAAGCAAAGAAGACACCGGAAUUUGAUUUGAACAUGCUUCAAGUGUUCAAGAAGGUUGAGGUAACCAUACCACUUCUUGAUGCUAUUCAACAAAUUCCAAAGUAUGCAAAAUUCUUGAAAGACUUAUGUACACACAAGGAUAGGAUAGGAGAAUGGAGACAUUAUCCUUGGGUAGUUCAAUUUCUUUCUUGA